AUCAUCAUCUCCACCAACUUAGCGCCGUCCCCGUCAUUGUCACCGUUACCAAACUUCACAUCCCUAACAACACUUAACACUCACACACGAUGUCUGGACGCGGAAAAGGUGGCAAGGGUCUCGGUAAAGGUGGUGCCAAACGUCAUCGCAAGAUUCUUCGUGACAACAUUCAAGGUAUCACCAAGCCCGCCAUCCGUCGUCUCGCUCGCCGUGGUGGCGUGAAGCGUAUCUCAGGCCUCAUCUACGAGGAAACACGUGGUGUCCUCAAGAUCUUCCUCGAGAAUGUCAUCCGGGACUCCGUCACCUAUACUGAGCAUGCAAAGCGAAAAACCGUCACUGCUUUGGACGUUGUGUACGCCCUCAAGCGGUCAGGCCGCACUCUCUAUGGGUUUGGUGCUUAGACUGACUUCUUCAUCGGUGUACUAUUUAUUACCUUGCUGGACUGCAUUUUCGUUAUCCUUUUCUUAACAUGUACUAUCUGUAUGACUAUUGAGACAAUCUAAACGCUAUGUUAAUCU